GUGGACAAGAAAAGGGUUUUGAAAUUUGGUGCCAAAAUUUCGCUUGUUUUUGGGUCAUGAGUACUGACACCAUAGUCUUGUCUAAACUGGACAAAAGCCCAAAUAAAUCCGAAAAAAAGGGUCAGAGCAUUACUGAAUGAGCGUGAGGGAGAUGCUUUGUAGUCUCGUCCUCUCCUUUACGUUGAACUGCACCAACCAGAGCUGCAUCCACUCUUCGUAGUUAAUUAUUACCUUUCCAUUUUCCAUCCCCUGCUAUGAUACUGAGAAGAUGAGCAAUCAAACUCCGAGUUUAAUUGUUCUUCUCCUACUCUGUUCCCAUCUCAGCCUUGUCCUCUCAUGGAAGAAAGACGAGUUCAGAACCUGCCACCAGACCCCAUUCUGCAAGCGAGCACGAUCCCGCACCCCCGGUUCCUGCUCUCUCAUAGCCACCCACGUCACCAUAUCCGACGGUGACCUCACUGCCAAAUUAAUCCCCAAAGAUCAACCCCAACCUGAAACCAAACCCUUGAUCCUCACUCUCACCGUUCACCAAAACGCUAUCCUACGCCUCAAGAUCGACGAAGACCCUUCUCUCUCCCCUCCCAAAAACCGCUUCCAAGUCCCUGACGUCGUCGUUUCCCACUUCCCCUCAACCAAACUUUGGCUCCAACGCUUCUCCUCCCAAGACUCUGCUUCCUCCUCCGUCUACCUUUCCGACGGUUACUCCGUGGUCCUCCGCCACGAUCCCUUCGAGUUCUAUGUCCUCGACGAGGGUUCCGGCGACCGCGUCAUCUCUCUUAACUCUCACGGCCUUUUCGAUUUCGAACAAUUGAGGGAGAAAAACGAAGGCGAAGAUUGGGAAGAGAGGUUCCGCAGCCACACUGACACCAGACCCUACGGUCCCCAAUCCAUUAGCUUCGAUGUAUCCUUCUACGACGCGGAUUUCGUCUACGGUAUUCCCGAACGCGCCACCAGUCUCGUGUUGAAGCCAACCAGAGGACCCAACGUGGAGGAAUCAGAACCCUACAGGCUCUUCAACUUGGAUGUUUUUGAGUACAUUCACGAUUCUCCUUUUGGUCUCUAUGGUUCAAUUCCCUUCAUGAUCUCGCACGGGAAAACCAGGGGUAGUUCUGGGUUUUUCUGGCUCAAUGCUGCUGAGAUGCAAAUCGAUGUUCUUGCUUCUGGUUGGGAUGCUGAGUCUGGGAUUGCUCUUCCUUCGUCUCAGAACAGGGUUGACACGUUCUGGAUGAGUGAAGCUGGUGUGGUGGAUACGUUCUUUUUUGUUGGGCCUCAGCCUAAGGAUGUUUUACGCCAGUACACUGCGGUGACCGGAACUUCGGCGAUGCCACAGCUGUUUUCGAUUGCUUAUCACCAGUGCAGGUGGAAUUAUCGUGAUGAAGAGGAUGUUGAGCAUGUGGAUUCUAAGUUUGAUGAGUUGGACAUUCCCUAUGAUGUUUUGUGGCUUGAUAUUGAGCAUACCGAUGGGAAGAGGUAUUUUACUUGGGAUACGGUUCUUUUCCCUCAUCCUGAGGAGAUGCAGAGGAAGUUGUCUGCUAAGGGGAGACACAUGGUUACCAUUGUGGAUCCUCAUAUUAAGCGUGAUGAGGAUUUUCAUUUGCACAAGGAGGCCUCGCAGAAGGGAUAUUAUGUUAAGGAUGCCCGUGGUAAUGACUUUGAUGGUUGGUGCUGGCCUGGCUCAUCGUCUUACCCUGAUACGUUGAACCCUGAAAUUAGGUCCUGGUGGGCUGAGAAGUUUUCUUAUCAGAAUUAUGUUGGUUCUACUCCUUCCCUUUACAUUUGGAAUGACAUGAAUGAACCUUCUGUCUUCAAUGGUCCUGAGGUGACAAUGCCUAGAGAUGCAGUACACUAUGGAAGUGUGGAACAUCGGGAGAUGCACAAUGCCUAUGGAUAUUACUUCCACAUGGCAACAGCUGAUGGGCUAUUGAAGCGUGGUGAGGGGAAAGACAGACCAUUUGUUUUGUCAAGAGCAAUGUUUGCGGGAAGUCAGAGGUAUGGAGCAAUUUGGACUGGGGAUAACACUGCUGAUUGGGAUCACCUAAGGGUUUCUAUUCCAAUGGUUUUGACCCUUGGUCUUGCUGGGAUGUCAUUCUCUGGUGCUGAUAUUGGUGGAUUUUUUGGGAAUCCUGAACCUGAGUUAUUGGUUCGAUGGUAUCAGAUAGGAGCUUACUAUCCUUUCUUUAGGGCCCAUGCCCAUCAUGACACCAAAAGACGAGAACCUUGGUUGUUUGGAGAACGAAAUACAGAAUUGAUUAAGGAUGCUAUACAUGUUCGUUAUGCACUUCUCCCAUAUUUCUACACAUUAUUCAGGGAGGCUAACACUACUGGCAUUCCUGUGGUCCGUCCAUUGUGGAUGGAAUUCCCAUCUGAUGAAGCUACUUUUACCAAUGAUGAAGCUUUCAUGGUUGGGAACAGUCUUUUAGUGCAAGGGAUCUAUACUGAGCGAGCUAAGCAUGCAUCAGUUUAUUUGCCUGGAAAACAAUCCUGGUAUGACCUUAGAAGUGGAACUGUGUACAAGGGAGGGGUGACACACAAGUUGGAGGUUACAGAGGAGAGCAUUCCUGCUUUCCAGAGAGCUGGAACCAUUCUUACAAGGAAAGACCGAUUUCGGCGAAGUUCCACUCAGAUGGUUAACGAUCCCUAUACUCUGGUUAUAGCUCUGAAUAGUUCCCAAGCAGCUGAAGGUGAUCUCUACAUUGAUGAUGGUAGCAGCUUUAAUUUUCUGGAAGGGGCCUACAUCCACAGACGUUUUAUUUUCGCAAAUGGGAAACUUACUUCUGUAGACCUGGCACCUGCUGUUGGUAGCAAUGUGCGUUAUCCAUCAGAUGCUGUCAUUGAGAGGAUUAUCUUGCUAGGACAUGCUUCUGGCGCAAAGAGUGCACUCAUUGAACCAUCAAAUCAGAAGGUUGAUAUUGAACUUGGCCCGCUUUGGGUUCAAAGGGCACGUUCGCCAGCUGUCAUGACCAUACGUAAACCUAAUGUCCAUGUUGCAGAAGAUUGGACUGUAAAAAUUUUGUAACUCGUUUAAAUUUCUUGUUUGAGGGAAUUUGAUGUUCAAUUCUACUGGCAGUGCAAAUCAAGAUUUUGUUUCUGGAGUUGAGUUGAUAGUUCAACCGCAAACACGGGUAAUAAGAAGAAAAAAAAGCUUUAGGUUUUGAAGAAUGCAUAUGCGCCAAUUCAGUUUCAGCGGUUUGUUUAAUUUAGGAUUUGAGAACUUAAAAAGAUUAAUACUUGGAAGUUGUGACUCCGUUGUUGUCUACGGGAAUUAAUUUUAUAAGGAUAAAUUUUUAUCAUCUGGAAUUAUCUGUUUAUGCCUUUGGGAAAAGUUGAUGUGAUGAAUGCCAUAAAUUAGUCGUUAGUGUAUACAGUUAUUAUAUUUUUAUCU